AUGCUUAUACUUAUAACUGCAAGGGUAGAAUGAUCUUACAUAGCGACAGUAUUCACAGCAUUAAGGCCGCUCUAUCUGCAUCAGCAUAUACCUACUUAAAUCUUCACAAUGGAAAAAGCACCAAUUUCAGACGCUCCAGCCAAUACUUAUCCCGUACAGGCACCACCAGCCUACGGUCAGACGACACCCUAUGGGGCACCACACAGCGCAUAUAAUGUUCAGCCUGUCACUAGCGUGACUGUAGUGAGAACCAGACCAAAUAACUACCUAGUAAUGGCUAUCUUGGUGACAAUAUGCUGUUGUGUGCCAUUUGGAAUUGUUGGAAUUGUUUACAGUGUUGAUAGUUCAAGUAAAUUCGACCGCGGAGAUGAUGCUGGAGCACUUUCUUCAGCUACGUCGGCGAAAAACUGGUCGAUCGCUGGUUUGGUGUGUGGUGUCGUGUUUAUUAUCAUCAUCAUCAUUUUACAGGUCACGGUGUUGUCAACGACAACAACGUAUUCGUACUAGUGUCUGCACUGUAGUUUUUUCGUUUGUUAACUGUAGUUAAAACCAUUGAUCCACUAAUUAGUUUUAAAUAAAACAAAAAUACAGAACUCUGAAUAGAGACAGAGACAUUUUGAGAUUCAAUGUUUCGAUCUAUUACUCUUGAAUACUAUUCUAUCAAAGGCGUGAUAAUGAUCAAAUAGAUCGAAACGUUGAAUCUCAACUGUCUUGUUUUUGUAGUUGAAAUGUUGAGUUUAUUUAGCCCUGUCCACACUAUCAAAUUUUAUGUGAAUAAUUUGUGUGAUGUACCCAUAUAUGGGCAUGAUGAUGUCAUAUUUCACCCAAAUAUAGGCAUAUCAUAUUUUACUUAUCGCAUAAAAUUUGGCAGUGUAGACAGAAAUUUAAAUAAUAAAUUUAAAUAGUUUUUAUACUCUAUAACCAGGAUAAGCACCGAUGAAAUUACAUAAACAUCAUGUCUUUUUAAACUUAAUUAAUUAGGAAAUUUGAGGCUAAUCAUAUAGUAGGUGAAUUUAUUUACAUUCUUCUUCAUACAGAAUUUUCAGAUAUUGUUAUAGUAAUGUAUAGGCUAUUAACACUAUUAUUGUAGGAAUAAAGAUAGUAAUAUUGAUAUUAUAGUAUCAAUUAGAUUAUUACUAUUACUGUAUUAUUAUUAUUAUUAUUAUUAUUAUAUUUUCUAUGAAACAAAUAUGUAUAUAUUUCUUUUCUAGCGUUGAUACUAAAGCUUUUACAAAACCUAAAAAUAUUAGGCCUACUAUAAUGUUACUGGUAUAUUUUAAUAAAUAAUUUUUCCAAUAUUAAA